CUUCACUAUAUAUAAAAGGUUUAAACCUUCAAAAUGUUUUAUUUUAUUUUUAUCAAGUAAAAGUGGUGCAUCAAAGUUAAAAAAUAAAAUAAAAGUAGUUUUGUGUGUCUACCAUCAACAAAAUGAACCUAGCGAAAUUAAGAUCCAUUGAUGACUUGGAUUUAGCCAAUAAAAGGAUUUUAAUAAGGGUCGAUUAUAACUGCCCAUUCGAUAAUGAUGGAAACAUAACGGAUUAUUUCAGGAUUGAAGAAUCCUUAAAAACCAUAAAAUAUUGCAUUGAAAAAAAAUCGAAAAGUAUUGUCCUAAUGUCGCAUAGAGGGCGCCCAGGGGGGAAAGUUGUCGAAUUUUUAUCGAUGGAAAAGGUUGCCAAAAUUUUGGAAAAACUUUUGCAAAGAGAAGUUAUUUUUUUGCCCGACCAUAUACCCAGCAUUAAAACAGAGGAGUUUUGUAUGGACCCCCCUGAAAACUCGAUAAUAGUAUUGGAGAACUUAAGGUAUCAUAUAGGAGAAGAAGGUAAAGGUAAAGAUUGGCUAGGCAACAAAACCGAAGCUACAGAUGAGGAAGUAAAACAAUUUAGGGAGAGUUUGAGAAAAUUAGGUGAUAUUUACAUAAACGAUGCCUUUGGUACAGUCCAUAGAGAUCAUUCAUCCAUGAUGGCUUAUGGUUUUAAAAUUAAGGCCGCUGGUUUCCUAAUGAAAAGUGAGCUAGUGCAUUUGAGUGCUGUACUGAAUGAAUCACAAAAUUCCAGACCGUUGGUGUGCAUUUUGGGUGGUAACAAGUGUGAAGAGAAAAUCCCUUUGAUGAACCAUAUGUGUGAUGUAGCAGAUGAAAUCAUUAUUGCAGGGGGUCAAGCUUACAACUUCCUUAAAUUCGUCUACAAUGUCGAAGUUGGUGACACUCCCAUAAAACCAGAGCUGGAACAAACCAUCAAAUGCAUAGUCGAAAAAGCUAAGAAAAACAACGUAAAAUUACUAAUCCCCGAAGAUUUCUACAUUACAGAUUUUUUUGUCGAUGGGGAAAUGAAAUUGUCAGAUAUGACCCUGGGGAUUUCCCCUGGUUGGAUUGCUGGCGAUAUAGGCCCAAAAACUAUAGAAAAGUUCAAGAAGUCCAUUCAAAAAGCCAAGGUCAUUUUGUGGAAUGGACCUGUAGGUACAGUUAAAUUUGAAAAGUUCCAACCUGGUACCAAAAUUAUUUUAGAAGAAAUCAUCAAGGCUAAGGAGAGAGGAGCGAUUGCCAUUGCAGGUGGUGGUAGAACUGGUUUUUGUUUAACGAAAUGGAACGCUGAGGAGAAGCUAUCACACGUCAGCACAGGUGGUGGGGCGUUCUUAAAAAUUUUGGAGGGGAAAUCGUUUCCAGCUGUUGAAGUAUUGUUAGAAAAUAAUAAAUAAAUAAAUAAAAAACUAUUUCAACUUUUAUUUUUUCUGUAUUUUUUAAAAACAA